AGGCAAUGCCUCUGAUCAUUAAUAUGAUGAGAGACCCUAGUACGAUCGUUCGUGAUUCUGCCGCGUGGACUGUAGGCAGAGUCUGUGAACUACUGCCGGAUGAGGCGAUCAAUCCUCUUUACUUAGAUCGUUUGCUUGAACAAAUGAUGAUGUGUCUUGCCGCAGAGCCACGAGUCGCAGCUAACAGUUGUUGGGUAAGUUCACACGCUACAGUUUCUGAAAAUAUAAAAAGCAACAAAUUUCCAAGAAGAAAGUCGUUCAUUUUAAAAUUCACACUUAAAUUAAAUUUUCACUUUAAUUGUGGCAAUGCUGUUCCAACAACUUAUCAUUAGGAUGACACCAACACAGAAAAAAAAUCUUGUUGACAAGUUGUUCCAAUAACUUGUUAUCGUCCUGCAAUUCAACAAUUUGUCAACAAGUUGUGAGUAACAACCUUCUAGCAACUUGAUAAAAUAACAGCAUUGUUACAACUUGUUGACAAGCUUGCCACAAGCCCGUUGCGAACACAUCUUGUUGACAAUUUGUGAGAUUUUUACGUGUGCAGAUCACGCUAAAAUAUAGUCUUCAGCAAUAUGUGUCAAAUUUGUCUCCCUUUGCUGUGUAGGCAUUUUCGUCGUUAGCCGAAGCUGCGCUGGAAAAUGCAAAAAAUAAAUUUGGAACUGACGAACCAGAUAGCUUUGCGCUGUCAGGAAGCUUUAGUAAAAUUGUAACUGAGCUACUUGAAGUAACAAACAGGUAUGGAAAUUCAUUGUGUGUUAAGUCACUCCAGAGUGCGUGUCAGUCAUUCAAUCCGUGGUUAUGAUCAAAUGCACUUUACAUCAAGUAUUCCUCUUACCAAAUUACGCACUUAGCUUAGACUAUUUUAUCUUUAACAAC